AUGGCGCCCACAUGGAAAGCGUUGUAUGCAGCAGAACGUGUCAAAUCAGCAGUUCGUGACCAUGCAGAUCAAGUGGUCUCACUCUCGUCAUCAUCACCUACGUCAAAAGCUAAAGUCGUCUCGCUAGGAAAUUCAGGUGUCGGUAAGACGAGUAUAAUCUACCAUCAAAGGUAUGGCAAUGAUCUGAACAGUGCUCACAACGCUACAAUCGGAGCCUCGUUUGUCACUUGUGAAGCUGAUGUUGGAGGCGAAUCGAUUCAGUUGCAAAUUUGGGACACAGCUGGCCAGGAGCGUUUUCGGUGUAUGGUACCGAUGUAUAUGCGGAAUGCGGCUGCUGCGCUGAUAGUUUAUGAUAUUACUUCACGGAAAUCAUUUAAUGAUGUCGAAAAAUGGAUCAAAGGUUUGCUCAUCACGAUAGAUAUCAAACAAGAUAGUGUCUCAUAUUUUUGA